GCCUCUUCUACCGUGCCUGGCAUACCGCCUUCACAAAAUUGAAUAUCAUGGCGGGGUUUGAAGCUACAGGACUAUCACCUCUCAACGCGGAGGUCAUCCUACAAAGAUUCAAAUUAAAAGAGGUAGAGAGGCCCUCAUCAAGUGAGAGCACUUCUUCACAUGAAAAUGAAAAGCUUUGCGAAGCUCUCUAUUAUGAAAAGAGGCGCCGUCAACGUGGCAAACCUCUCCUACUCGAAGCGCCUGCAGAAUACCACGGUGGUGCCGUCUUUUGGUCUCCUACGAAGCAACGUGCAAAGGAGCUUCAAAAGCAGGAGAAACAAGCUAUACUUAAGGAGAGGGCGCGGUUACGUGUGCUUGCUAAAGAAGUACGCCUUCAACAGAAGGAGGAUCAAGCCCGCGAGCGUGAGGAGCGACGUAUCGCAAAACAGGUGGAAAAACAGCUCCAUCAAGAUCAACAGGCCUUCAAAAAG